GCUAACAAGAAUUUUGCUCCCGGAUGCCUGGAAGUCAGAGCUAAGUGACGUUCCCGGGCAACGUUAAUUGGUAGAAAAGGGCAAAAGGCCUCUUGCCGGUGUGCCGAAGUCGAGCUCCGUGCGUGUCCACGCACCUGGUGGAGACACGUGACGCCUGGUCUGCGGGCCGUGGCCGAGCCCCACGUGGGCGUGGCGUCUCGCGGCCGGUCUGACCGGCAGGCUCCUGACGGUCAGGUCUGCCGAGGCCUCGGGUGUGGGCACGGGGCCCCUGCGCCAGCCCCCGCGGGGGAGGACGGCGUCCCCGGCCCGCGCGCGCCCUGCAGGCCUGCUGUUCCGCCCUGUCCGAGCGCGGUGACUCAGACCUGUUACUGUCACAGGCAGAGGCGGCCGUGCGCCAGGCCGGCACCAGAGACGCGAGGUCACCCAGUUCCCGGGAACCUGCAGAGGUGGGAGAUGAAUACAUGACGAGUCCAGAGGCACCUGCUGGGACGGUCCCCUGUGGGAGGAGACCCGGCGGGGGCCUGGAACCCUGCGUUGGCCCUGGGACGCCUUUCGUAUCACACACCCAGGACAAUGACUCAUGUGAGCGAUGGCGGGACAUCGGGGAGCAUUUUUGACCUGGACUACACGUCCUGGAAGAUCCGCUCGACGCUGGUGGUCGCCGGCUUCGUCUUCUACGUGGGCGUCUUCGUCGUCUGCCACCAGCUGUCCUCGUCCCUGAAUGCCACCUACCGCUCCCUGGUGGCCAGAGAGAAGGUCUUCUGGAACCUGGCGGCCACCCGCGCCGUCUUCGGCGUUCAGAGCACGGCCGCGGGGCUGUGGGCCUUGCUGGCAGACCCCGUGCUCCAGGCCGACAAGGCGUGCGGCCAGCAGAACUGGUGCUGGUUUCACGUGGCCACGGCCACGGGAUUCUUCCUCUUUGAAAACGUAGCGGUUCAUGUGUCCAACGCGCUCUUCCGGACAUUCGACGUGUUCCUGGUGGUGCACCACCUCUUUGCCUUCCUGGGCUUCCUCGGCUCCGUGGUCAACCUCAGGGCGGGCCACUACCUGGCCAUGAUCACGCUGCUGCUGGAGGUGAGCACUCCCUUCACCUGCAUCUCCUGGAUGCUCCUGAAGGCCGGCUGGUCCGACUCCCUGUUCUGGAGGAUCAACCAGUGGCUGAUGAUCCACAUGUUCCACUGCCGCAUGGUGCUCACCUACCACAUGUGGUGGGUGUGCUUCUGGCACUGGGACGGCCUGCGCCACAGCCUGUACCCGCCGCACCUGCUGCUGUUCCUCGUGGGGCUGGGCCUGCUCACGCUCGUCAUCAACCCCUACUGGACCCACAAGAAGACGCAGCAGCUCCUGACCCCGGUGGACUGGAACUUCGCGCAGCCUGAGCCCGGCGGCGGGACGCCCGCGGGGGCCAACGGCCGGGUGCCGCUGAAGAAGGGGCAGUAGCGAGCGGCUGGGAGCCCGGCGCAGACUCCAGGGCGGGAGGCAGCGAGCGCACCGUGGCGCUCCUCCCAAGUACCGCUGACUGUGGCCCUCGGGUCGGCUUCUGAGUGGCCGCAGAGCGUGUGCAAAGCCUCGGUGUGCUUCUGGGGGCACGUCGGUGCCACGGUGACUCUCUGCUGCCCUGGUUUGCUCCUGAGAGCCUAAGUGUGCGGCCCUAUUGACCAUCAGGGAGGGCGUCCGCGGUGGCGGCCGGGCCACCUGUCUGGGAGGCAGGGGUACUCCCAGUGCCUGGCGAGACUUGGCAUCCGCACUACCCCCCUCCCCCCCGUGCUGUGGCCGUCAGCAUCCAGCCUUUCACAUCAUGUGGUCAGCAGCUCGUGUGUCCUGUCCAGUGGUGGUGACCUUCUUAGUUGCAGGGCACUGUCUUCAGACAGAAAGUGUCCUGUUUGGGCCCCUUGUUAGAAUCUCCGUGGAUGGAGAGGUCUGCCUGGCCGUGUCAGCGCCAUCUGGUGGUGAGGCCACAGGCAGACCGUGUGCCAGAGUGACCCCCCCACCCCCCCUCCCGGGAACUGGGCCAGCUUUCUGGGCACCUGCUUGAGUAGGGGCUGUGGGGGUCACCAGUAAAACCAAGUGUGUAUUCACGGUCUCUUGCUCACUUGGCAAAAUAAGGUAGAUGUUCGGUUUUAGAGCCAUUUAAAGGGACCGAGCCGCCGGUGGGCUUCCCACCCAGACCCUCAUUCUCUGGCUGUUAUUGGUGGGUUCCAGGGCUGGGCAGUGGCCGCUCUGCCCUGUGAGCGGGGAGGUGGGGGGGCAGGCACGUCGCCUCCACCUGCUGGGCCCUCGGGGAGGCAUGCACCAGCACUGGGCGGGGAGGCCCAGGUCCCCCCCAACGCCCCCACCCAGCUCCCCAGAGCUCACUUAGGACAGAAGAGACCUGUGUCCGCGGAGUAACCACCUCUUCCAUGAAUGUGAGGGUUCCUCCCCCCCGACUUCCUUUAGUCCCGAAGAACAGGAACCGAGUAGGUCGUACGUAACAGCAGAGUGCUGCUGGGGGGGAGGGGGGGUGUCAUUCCAGCUCUCGAGAGGCUUCAGGGUCCCGCCCUCCUGUGGACAGCGGGGGACACACGUGCAGACACUUGAUUCUGGCCUGGAGCGUGCAAUUAAAAUUAGGUUUGUUGGUUUUUUUGAAGACCUCUUUGGCGUCUUUGCAAAACACGUGUGUUCGUUGGUCACAGAAACGUCCCACUCAGUCUUGAGUGACGCGGGGCUCACGCGUCUUCCUUACCGCCGCUUUGUGCUCAGGUCACGACCUGAGGCCUCCAUCUCCUUGUAAGAAGUGAGUGACAUCCCCGCGAAGACGACUAACUCCCUCCCUGCGGCCCCGCCCGUGUGGAGCAGACGCUGAUGUCUUCCGCGUCCACACAGACAUUUAAUAAAGUAACUUAUAAACAUGUU